AUGUCAGACACGACCCUGGUCAUCAUCGGAUCAGCCAAUAAAGUGGUUGUACCCCGACGCGUCUCUCCAUCAAGGAUAUCAACAGAAGCAGCAGAACAGCCAAGACUGAAGCAAAAGACGGAAAAAAUGGUCCAACCCUCAACAUCCAAGCGAAGGAGGAACUCUUCACCCCAACCGCCGGUGGACACGCCCACUCCACAGCCCUCAUCCUUGCCUCCUUCUUCUCCUCCGCCACCGUUCACUAGUGAUGACGAGAGCGACAACGGGGUGGUGGAUGAAUUGGACCAGAUCCAGGACAUCGAUAUCGGCGAGAGUACCGAUGAACCUGAGGACGGGGAAGACUUGUUUGGCGAUGACAUGAUGGAGGACUAUGUUGGAAACGCUCGUUUGGAUCAGUACGAUGUUGCCGAUAUCAACGACGAUCCUGAUAUUGAAGCCAUGGACCCCGAAACACGGGCGCUUGCUGAAGCCAGGAUGGCCCGCCGAGACCGCCGGGAUGCUCGAGGGGAUGGAAGCGGAGGCCGACAGGGCAGAUCGCGAGUACCAGCAUUUCUGCAAUCGGACAGUGAUAUGGGAGAAGACCCGGACGACUUUCUGACUCGAAGACGUCGACGAAGACAGUACGAUGAGAUCCCAGAAGUGGUCGAAGGCGGGGAAGGCGAAGAGGAGGACGAACUCCCAUUGGAACAGUUGAGCGAUAUCAAGUCUAACUCACUCAAGGAAUGGAUCGACGUCCCCGCCGUUAGUCGGACUAUCAUGAGAGCCUUUAAAGACUUUUUGAUGACUUAUGUCGAUGAUAAUGGCACGAGUGUUUAUGGCCAACGAAUUAAAACUUUAGGAGAAGUCAACUCUGAAUCUCUGGAGGUGUCUUUCUUGCACCUGUCAGACUCCAAGGCGAUCUUAGCAUACUUUUUAGCAAAUUGUCCAACCCCAAUGCUUGCGCAUUUUGAUACGGUAGCAUUGGAUGCGAUUUUAUUAUACUACCCAGAAUACGACCGGAUCCAUACGGAAGUGCAUGUGCGAAUCACCGAGUUACCGACCUCAUACACGCUGCGAGAGUUACGACAAGAACAUCUUGAUCGACUCGUCCGGGUCACGGGAGUCGUCACCCGUCGUACAGGCGUUUUCCCCCAGUUGAAGUAUGUCAAAUUCGACUGUGGGAAAUGCGGGGAGACCUUGGGCCCGUUCUUCCAGGAUUCAAACCAAGAGGUCCGGAUCAGUUUCUGCUCGAACUGCGCGGGCAAGGGCCCGUUCACCGUCAAUUCUGAACAGACUGUUUAUCGGAAUUACCAAAAGAUGACCCUCCAAGAAUCGCCUGGAUCGGUGCCCGCCGGUCGAUUACCUCGUCAUCGAGAGGUGAUCUUGCUCUGGGAUCUGAUCGACCGAGUCAAGCCGGGAGAAGAGGUUGAUGUGAUCGGAGUGUACAAGAACAACUUUGAUGUCUCGUUGAACAUCAAGAACGGAUUCCCGGUCUUUGCCACGAUCUUAGAGGCUAACCAUAUCAGCAGGAAGGAAGACCAAUUUGCGUCUGGUCGGCUGACCGAGGAGGAUGAGAAGGCGAUCCGAGCGUUGAGUAGGGACGACCGGAUCGGGAAGCGGAUCAUCAAGUCGAUCGCGCCCUCGAUCUAUGGACACGAGGAUAUCAAGACUGCCUUAGCUCUGAGUCUCUUCGGCGGCGUCUCGAAGAACAUCAACAAUAAACAUCGGAUCCGAGGGGAUAUCAAUGUCUUGAUGCUCGGAGAUCCGGGGACAGCCAAGUCCCAGUUCUUGAAGUACGUCGAAAAGACCGCCCAUCGUGCCGUCUUCGCUACCGGCCAAGGCGCCAGCGCCGUCGGUCUCACCGCUAGUGUCAGGAAGGACCCAGUGACUAGAGAAUGGACUCUCGAGGGCGGAGCUUUGGUACUUGCUGAUAAAGGGACUUGCUUGAUUGAUGAGUUCGAUAAGAUGAAUGACCAAGACAGAACAUCGAUCCACGAAGCUAUGGAACAACAAACGAUCUCGAUAUCAAAGGCAGGAAUCGUGACAAGUCUCCAAGCCAGAUGCGCGAUCAUUGCAGCGGCCAACCCGAUUCGCGGCCGAUACAACUCCCAAAUCCCCUUCUCGCAAAACGUCGAGUUGACCGAACCCAUCUUGUCUCGGUUCGACGUCUUGUGCGUCGUCAAAGAUAAUAGCGACCCCAUCGUCGACGAACUCUUGGCUAAGUUCGUCGUCGGUAGUCAUCUCAGAAGUCAUCCGAACUUUAACCCCGAAGUCGAUGAAGUCAAUGUCCAGACUUCGCUUGAUCAAGACAUUAUUCCUCAAGAUAUGCUCAGGAAGUAUAUACAAUAUGCGCGAGAGAAGAUCCGACCAAAGCUGCAUCAGAUGGACCAAGACAAGAUGUCGAAGUUAUUUUCGGAGCUGAGACGGGAGUCGUUAUCGACAGGAUCGAUUCCGAUCACGGUGCGCCAUUUAGAGUCGAUGAUCCGGAUGUCGGAGGCGAGUGCGAAGCUGCAUCUGCGGGAGUAUGUGCGGUCGGACGACAUCGAUCUGGCGAUCCAAGUGGCCAUCAAUAGCUUCAUCCAAUGUCAGAAGAUCAGCAUCAAGAAACAGCUCGAACGCGGCUUUAGGAAGUAUCUCAGAGUCGCCGACGAUCAUCAGGAACUCCUCGGCUUCCUCCUCGGUCAGAUCGUUAAAGAGAAAAUUCGGUUCCAUAUCGGUAAACUUAAGGGCUUGCAACGUGGCUCAUCUGAGCUUUCUGAUCAACGGCCUGAAUCGGUCACUAUCAAGCUCUCUGAAUUAGAGGAACGAGCUAAAGAAGUCGAAAUUUACGACGUCAGACCGUUCUUGAAAUCUCAGCUAUUCAGGACUAAUGGAUACUCCUUUCAACAACAUGAGCAAGAAGGAUUGAUCAUCAAAAGCUUUGACUCCAAUUCAAUCCAAUAAGUUCCUCUCUUCUCUUCCUUUCCACUUUUUUUUUUUUUUGGUUCGCUUUUUUUUGUUUAGGUUUUUGUAAUUGGUUGCUUGUAAUUUUAUGCCAAUGAUCAUCCUUUUCUGGGCUUGAUUUGGGUUUCCUCACUUAUACUUACAUGAUAGACAUAACUUGGAUGUGAUUUUGUCCUCUUUGAAUUGAAUCAUAAGAACUGCAAUUGAAUGAUUUCAUCUCAACCAUCA